UUUCUGUUUCUCAUGCGUGAUCGGAAAGAUACAGGCUCUCGUAGCUCGGAAAGCUUAGCCUCUCUCCUAGUCCAACUACAAAGCCGGCCUUCUCCGCUGGGGGAUCUUUAGUUCGGGUUAUUCUGAGAGGAGAUCCAGAGCAAAAGAAGGGAAAGCGUGCCGAAACCUCUCCAAGUUUUUGACCUCAACAAAAACCAACCAAUGCCAGCAAGUAAAGAUGAACCUGUUGUGAUCCCUGUGGAGAAGACUUUCAUCACUAUGAAGAAGGCCAGAAGACGCCAGCGCAUUGACAGUGGAGACAGAAGCUUCACGUGCGAUCAGUGUGGAAAGGCUUUUUCUGACAAUGGCAACUUAAAAAGACAUCAGCUGGUCCACACUGGCAUUAAACCAUUCAGCUGCGAUCAGUGUGGACAGGCUUUCACACAUAAUAGCAAGUUAAAAAAACACCAGCUUCUCCACACUGGAUUAAAACCAUUCAGUUGUGAUCAGUGUGGACAGACUUUCACUGUGAAUGGCAACUUAAAAAGACAUCAGCUCGUCCACACUGGCAUUAAACCAUUCAGCUGUGAUCAGUGUGGAAAGACUUUCACUCAGAGUGGCAGCUUAAAAAAACAUCAGCUCAUCCACACUGGAUUAAAAGCAUUUAGCUGUGAUCAGUGUGGAAAGGCUUUUACUGAAAAUGGACAUUUAAAAAGACAUAAGCUCAUCCACACUGGAUUAAAAGCAAUUAGCUACAAUCAGUGUGGAAAGUCUUUUUCUCUGAGUAAUGGCUUAAAAGAACAUCACCUCGUCCAUUCUGCAGAUAAACCAUUCAUCUGUGCUCAGUGUGGAAAGUGUUUCACUGAGAAUGGCAACUUAAAACAACAUCAGCUCGUCCACACUGGCAUUAAACCAUUCAGCUGCGAUCAGUGUGGAAGGACUUUCACUCAGAAUAGCAGCUUAAAAAAACAUCAACUCAUCCACACUGGAUUAAAACCAUUUAGCUGUGAUCAGUGUGGAAAGUCUUUUACUGAAAAUGGCAACUUAAAAAAACAUCAGCUCAUCCACACUGGAUUAAAACAGUUUAGCUGCGGUCAGUGUGGAAAGUCUUUUACUCAUAGUAACUGCUUAAAAGAACAUCAGCUCAUCCAUACUACAGAUAAACCAUUCACCUGUGAUCUGUGUGGAAAGUCUUUUACUCAUAGCAAAAGCUUAAAAGAUCAUCUUCUCAUCCACACUGGAAUUAAAUCAUUUGUCUGCGGUCAGUGUGGAAAGGCUUUUACUCAGAGUAAAAAUUUAAAAGAACAUCAGCUCAUCCACACUGGAAUUAAACCAUUCAGCUGUGAUCAGUGUGGAAAAUCUUUUACUCGGCGUAGAAACUUAAAAAAACAUCAUCUCCUCCACAUUGGAGUUAAACCAUUCACCUGUGAUCAGUGUGGAAAGUCUUUUAGCUGCAUGAGCUCCUUGAAAGAACAUCAGGCCAUCCACACUGGCAUUAAACCAUUUGUCUGUUGUCAGUGUGGAAAGGGUUUUCGUCGGAUGGAUGCUUUAAAAAAUCAUCAACUAAUCCACACUGGAGUUAAUUAAUAUUUAAGUGGUCAGUGCUGAAAUGCGGCCACUUCUAUGUAAACAUUUUUUCAAAAAAUCAGAUUGUUCACACUGCAAUUGUAGCAUGUUUUAAUUGUGGUAAUUGUGAAAUUUGUGGAAAUUCUUUCAAAUUCAUGACAAAA